AUGGUUUGUUCAAGUUUUGUAUACAGAUCAGAACAAACGGAGUAUUUCAGUGGAUUUUGAGACCUGCGAGACCACAAGUAGCAACAGGAACCACUGGAAACAUCAUUCGAAUCGGAUUCAUUCACUGCAGAGUAACUAUUUCAGAGGUCAUUCAGAUAACCCAGUGUUCAGGACUAUCAAAGUGCUCCACUGACUGUUGGCUACAGAACUGCGGCAUCGGCAGCCAACAUUGCCGUUGACCGUCUGAAAAGAGAGAAUCUUCUGAGUGGCUGGGAGUUCAAGUGAGGGUUUUAUGGUGGUAUUGGUCUACCGCAGUCGUUUUCAGUUUCACAAUAGUCUACGAUGAAUGUGUUGAAGCGACGGCCGCCGGAAUGACUGUGGAUCUGAUUGAGGAUCACAACGUGGACGUGAUCAUCGGACCGACUAUGAAUCAACGUAAGGUCUUCUGAUCACGUCUGAGUUCAAAGAAGAUGUCUGCAGCCACUCUCGCUGCGUUCAUCGUUUCCAACUACUACAACCGUCCGAUCAUCGCGUGGGGUCUCGUGAAUGCGGCCCAGCUGGACGACGCCGAACGCUUUCCGAACGCCGGAAUCAUGUCGGCAGGGCAGAGAAGUCUCGGAGUGGCAAUUCGGGCGGUGAUGCUCGAGUACGGAUGGAAUCAGUUCGUGUUCGCGUAUUUCACGGAAGAGGAUGAAGAGAAGUGUGUGACAAUGAGGAACGAUUUGCAGGUAAGUGAAUGCCACCUGUGGUACUGCUACGGUUUCUAGAGUUUCAGCAAGUGAUUGCUUACUUCGGAGAUAUCAUUCUGUCAUAUUCCUUACAAGUAACUGAUAUUUCUACUUCUGGAAUGGUGUCUGCACUCAAAAAGAUACAAUCUAGAGGCAGAAGUGAGAUAAAGCAACUGAGAGUUCCGAAAGCAAAUCAACAGCUUUUCAGUCAUUGUGACCUGUAUGAAAGAUGGAAUUGGGCUACGGCGGAAAUGGGUUUUGGCAGCUGAGGAGGCCGAAAUGAUUGGAGAUGAAUACGUUUAUAUAUUUGCAGACAUCAAAUCUAAGGGAUACUGUAAUAACUCUAACUCAUAUGGCAUCACAUUUCCUUUUCCAGAUGUCCCAUUGUUGGGCGGCGGGGAACGUCCUUCGUGGAUUCCGUCCAGUGGGUCCGAUGAGAAUGACACACGUGCACUGAAAGCAUUCAAAAAGUCCAUCUUUAUCUGUGACGUACGUGAGAAACUUUGUGUGUAGUCUAAUCUCGCUCUAAUCUGCCGCCUGAUCGGAAUAAAGAAGCCACCCAAAUAGUCCGAGAAAUCAAAUGAUUCCAGAUGAUGGGUCAAGGAUCCAUUGCCACCAACUACACUGUGUUCGGUGCGGAAGUGAUCAGCCGGAUGAAAGAAGCGCCGUACUACUGCAUCACCGAAUGUGAGGGUGCCAACUUUUCCGUGGUAAGAGCGAUGGGAAAUGUGAAGAAAUAAGUUUGAGACAGGCGGCAACUUAUGCCGGACAACUGCACGAUUCUGUGUACGCGUACGGUGUUGCAUUGGAUAAAAUGCUCAAGUCAGGAGCCACAAACUACCGGAACGCCUCGGCAUUUACAAAGUUCCUUCCUCAGAGUUUCACCGGAAUAUCCGGACCGGUUGUGAUUAACCAGCAGGGGACUCGCAAUCCGACUCUGUACCUUAUCUCGUUGGAUGACAGUAACAAUAACACUGUGAGGGCCACCAUUUACGUGGAUAACAUGAGUGCGGUGAGGGAACUUCAUGGUUUCACUUACCCGGAAUCAGAAUCCGUUCAGACGUUCUCUGCACUCUACACGGACGAGGGAGUCAUGUGGUCGUCGCGGAAGAACUCGGCUCGUCCCGCUGACGUUCCUCUAUGUGGAUUCACAGGAUCCUUGGUACUUUCAAUCAUUAGCUGACUAUAAAAUGAUUUGUUUUCAGUGUCCAAAAAUCUUUGUCGAAGAGUAUCUGACAUGGGUGAUCGUCGCCGCCGUCGUUCUGUUUCUCGCAAUUCUGGCUGCCGGCGCGGGCAUCUACUUUUCGGUGAAAGCACGUCAUCAGGAGAUUGAACGGCUAAAUCAGCUGUGGCAGAUCCCGUUCAUACAUCUGCACCAGAUAAAAGUGAGCUUCCCCGUUUUUUCUAAUCCUUUCCUUGUUUUUGUUUGCAGGCGAAAGGGAAGGGAGACCAUAGUAUGCGUAGUCUGCAGAGCGGAACGAGCACUCUUUCGUCGCGAACUACGGUGUCGGUGAAGACUGAAACCAGGAACUUUCAGUUUUUUAAUCUGCAAAAGGAAGCGAAUUACGAGCCGGUGGUGGCCAAGAAGCAUGCGUACCGCCCGAAAUUGGACGAUGAAAAGUGUGCUUUCAUGAGAGCGGUAUCUGAAAUUUUCAACUGUAACACGCUGGAUAAAGAGUUUCAGCUGCGGAACCUGGACCAUGAUAAUCUGAACAGAUUCAUCGGGAUCUGCCUGGACGGACCUCAAAUGCUCUCCGUCUGGCGAUUCUGCUCAAGGGGCUCCAUGGCCGAUGUCAUUCUCAAAGUAUGACAAAGAACCGAAGUGUAGCUGGAACAUGAUCUUCGAUAAUUUCAGGCAACUAUCCAAAUGGACAACUUUUUCAUCUACGCGCUUAUCAAGGACAUUGUUAAUGUAGUGGACUUGUUUGAUCUUAUGAUUCUGAAUGACCCUGUUUCUUGCAGGGACUCGUGUUCCUGCAUCAGUCAAUUGUCGGCUGCCACGGACUGCUCACUUCGAAGAGCUGUUUGAUCGAUGAUCGCUGGCAGGUCAAGAUCUCCAACUACGGACUGAAAGACAUUCGAUCAAUGGAUCUGCUGGAGAAGAAAGGUUAGUAGUCGAAACAUUCUUUGUGCUUGACGGGACACUGUAUCAGAUUUGUUGUGGACUGCGCCUGAACUUUUACGAACUGAAGACAUCCGAGGAACGAAGGAAGGCGAUCUCUACAGUUUGGGAGUCAUUUGCGCGGAACUAAUCACUCGGAAAUCCGUGUUCAACAUGGAAGACAGAAAGGAAGAUCCGGAAGGUACAAUUUAUUUCUGACAACAGGAUGAGCAAGUAUUCCAGAAAUCAUUUAUAUGCUCAAAAAGGGAGGAAUGAAGUCCCCACGGCCUGAUUUGGACUACGAUCACACGAUUGAAAUCAACCCGGCCCUGCUGCAUUUAGUGAGAGACUGUUGGACCGAGAGACCGUCGGAGAGACCGUCCAUCGAGACGGUCCGUUCACAGUUGAGAGGGAUAAACUCGAGCAGGAGUGACAAUCUGAUGGAUCACGUGUUUAACAUGCUCGAAUCGUAUGCUUCGUCUUUGGAAGAAGAGGUUUCGGAAAGGACAAAGGAGCUAGUGGAGGAGAAAAAAAAGAGCGACGUGCUUCUGUACAGAAUGCUUCCAAAGUGAGUAGUGAGAGUAAUGAGUAUGAUAAUGAGAACGGAUUUUUUUCUAUUUCAGAACGGUAGCUGACAAACUGAAGUUGGGGCAAACUGUGGAGCCGGAGACAUUUGAACUCGUCACUAUAUUCUUCUCGGACGUCGUUCAGUUCACGACUCUUGCGAGCAAAUGCACUCCCCUCCAGGUCGUCAAUCUGCUCAAUGAUCUGUACACGAUAUUUGAUGGGAUUAUCGAGAAACAUGAUGUUUAUAAGGUUCUGAUGAUAACGGAAUCUGCUUAAAACUUUCUUUAUUUCCAGGUGGAAACGAUCGGUGACGGAUAUCUGUGUGUCUCGGGUCUUCCGCAUCGGAACGGAAACGAACACGUCCGACAGAUCGCCCUGAUGUCUCUCGGAUUCCUUUCCAGCCUCGAGUUCUUCCGAAUCCCGCACUUGCCGUCGGAGAGAAUCAACCUGCGAAUCGGAAUCAACUGCGGAUCAGUGGUUGCGGGAGUCGUCGGACUGACAAUGCCACGUUUCUGUCUGUUCGGGGACGCCGUCAACACUGCGAGUAGGAUGGAGAGCAACGGAAAACGUGAGGACAAAACAUAUUGAAGGUGGUAGGAUCCAAUUAAUUGUUGCAGCUGGAAGAAUCCACGUGUCGGCAGAGGCGAACAGACUAUUGACUCAAGUUGUGGGCGGAUUCAAGACGGAAUCGAGAGGGGAAGUGAUUAUAAAAGGGAAAGGAGUCAUGGAGACGUACUGGCUGAUCGGGGAGACUUCUGGAGCACGAGCGAUUGUUGGGAAACAGAAGAAGGUAAGUGAGGAGACGGUUAGACAAAAAAGCGAAUUUAGAAAUGAUUCCAGAUGUAUGAAGUUUCAGAACGAAGGAAUUCAUCGACAAGAAACACUGAAAUCGGAUGAACAAUUCAGCGAUUAA